AAGGAAAAGACUGGAAAAGUUUUUUUUUCUUUUUUUUCCCAUCCCCUUCCCCCCUUUUCUAACUGGGUAACAUGGACCAGGGGCCCAAGAGUCCUGCGCUACGGCUGGGGAGAGCAGGACAUGGUGGAGUGAACCAACUCGGAGGUGUGUUUGUAAACGGCAGGCCCCUCCCAGAUGUGGUCCGACAGCGAAUAGUAGAGCUCGCCCAUCAGGGCGUCCGUCCCUGCGACAUCUCACGGCAGCUACGGGUCAGCCAUGGAUGUGUCAGCAAGAUACUGGGCAGGUACUAUGAAACGGGCAGUAUCCGCCCCGGGGUAAUCGGGGGCUCCAAACCAAAGGUUGCUACACCCAAAGUGGUCGACAAGAUCGCCGAUUACAAACGCCAAAACCCAACCAUGUUUGCCUGGGAGAUCCGGGACAGGCUCUUGGCCGAGAGAGUUUGUGACAACGACAGCGUCCCCAGCGUCAGCUCCAUCAACAGGAUCAUUCGGACCAAGGUUCAGCAGCAGCCUGGUCAAACGGGCUCAGUACCGACUCAUAACUUAGCGACAUCCGUGGCCGCCACACAGGUUUCAGUUGUGACGAGCGACUCGGCUGGCUCCUCGUACUCCAUCAGUGGCAUCCUGGGAAUCAGCUCAGCUGCUGACGUGGGCAAGAGGAAGAGGGACGAAGGUUUACAGGAGUCGCCUCUGGCUAAUGGGCAUGGCCACAGUGGGCGGGACUUCCUCAGAAAGCAGAUGAGAGGGGAGCUGUUCUCGCCACAGCAGAUCGAGGUAUUGGACCGCCUCAUUGACAGACAGCCAUCAUGUCCAAUCCAAUCCACCCCUGAGCUCUAUGUGAGCCCUGACUUUGGCAAGACAUCAGACUACUCAGCCAUGGCCUCGCUAGCAGGUGGACUGGAUGAGAUGAAGAACACUUUGGCAAAUCCGAGCACAGGGGCCGAGUUAGGAGCCAAUGUGUCGGGUCCACAGUCUUACUCACUAGUUCCAGGGGGAGAUUUUUCUGGAAGUCCGUAUUCCCACCCACAGUAUUCUACGUACAACGAGUCAUGGAGAUUUCCAAACCCGAGCCUAUUAGUGUUUCAACAGGAUUAUGGGUCUCUGCUGGGGACGGAGAUCGGCUGCUCGUCCAGUCUCUUCACCAGCCAGGCAGGACAGAUGCAAGGGUCACCAUAUUAUUACAGUGCGACAUCGCGGGGGGCAGGCCCUGCUGCCACUGCCACAGCCUCGGCCUACGAUCGCCACUGACCCGUCCACCCGAGAGGAGAGGAGGAUGAAGAGCGGGAGAUGAGGGAAGAAAGAUAGCACCAGCACCGAUCAGUUAAACCUUGCAUUUUCGCACUCUCCAACAUUUCAAAACUUGACGUCAGUGAAGUUUGCUUCUUUUUUUUUUUUUUUUACUAACUCUGAAACCAACACAUACACAUAUGUCAACAAACUCCUUGGCUUCAUUCCAAUCCGGUCUGAGCAGAUUACUAUGAAGAUAAAAAAAAUCAUUUAACAGGUCCAUUUUAUGAAAUUUAGGCUGUGUUGUAUUGUACUAAGACUGAAUCUUAUUUUAAAAUGUCUUUAAAAAAAACCCAAAAGGUCAACAAUCUUCAGAGUAAAAUCUUGUGCUUUCAGACUGGGGAUAUUUUUGAGCUGAUCAAAGCAAAAUCACUUUCCAGAUGUUAUUUUUAAGACUUGAUAUCAAUCAGUUUUCUAUACCAUCCUACACUGGAGUGAAGACAAUCCAAUCCUUAGAAAUCUGAAUGACCAAAACCCCCUCAUGUCUUUUAUUUUCUCUGCUGUGGAUUCAACACACCUAAUCUGUGAUCACAAUGGGUAAAAAAUUGUGUCAUUUUUUACAAAUGUUCACUAAGCCCCAUCCUGAUGUCACUUUGUUUAUUACAAACUUAAACGGCCAAAUCAGUGAAUGUUAAGGAGCUACAUUUGCAUUAUUCAAAGAUGCUUAUUUUACAAUUUCCUACACAAUUAAAUAAAUAAAAAAACAGCUCAUAAAUGACAGAACAAAACAAAAACAUAAAGCUUAUGGUGUACCACAGCGUUUCUGGGGAUUGAGCUGAUUUUCUGGCAAACCAGCAAACUUGUGGACUUAACCCUUCUGCCAGCUAUAGUUCAUGCAAAUGAUAAAACAUGGUGGAUGAAUAGAUGUAAAGAACUUUUGCCCAGGAGAUUUUGGUUCGUGUCACAUCUGAAAGUAAAAGUCAGCACUGACCAAACUUUACGUUUAUAGCUGGAGUUUGCUAAGCUUUAAGGACACAACCUGCUCAUUGUGUAGCAUAAUCCACAACUAGACAGUUCUGGUUCAGGGGUGGGGUUUAGUGAACUUAGUUUUAGUGGUUGGAGUCAAUUACAAGUGUUAUUUUUUCCACAAAUAUUAAAACCUUUCUUACAACAUGAAUUUAACUGAGCGAAAUGGAUAACCAAGCCAAAGAGGGCAACACAACAAACUGCUUUGGUGAUUUGGUGAUGCAGUGAAGUUAUUCAACUAAACAGAAAAUCACAUAACCUCUACUAAUCUCAGCCCUUAUGUGGAGUUGGUUGUGUCUUAUUUUAUGGUUCUUUUUGUCAGUCUCUGUACUUAGCUCUAAUAACUCAUCCAUUUAUCACAUUGUGUUGAAGUGGUGUGAAUACCAACAAAACAGAAAAACAAUACUUUUUACUAAAGCACAGCCUAAACCAUCAGACCAAAAACUGUAUUUCACCAGGUUGGGUCACUGGACAGGAAGGUGCUAUCCUGCUUCCCCAGCAAAGAUUUAAAAGUCCUGAUUAAGAGCUAUUUAUAAUGGAGGAGACACAGAGUAAUAUAUUGAAAAGGUUUUUUUUCUGUGCUGCACUCCUAGAUGAGAGUAAAUGCCUGUAAUGAUUUCUAAUAGUGUCAUGCUGUUGUGCUAGAAUAGUGGUGAUAUGAUGGUGACGAUGAUGAUGAUGAUGAUGCAGUGAAACAUGAAAAGCUAACAAGUCUUUGUUUAUAAAUGCAUUUUUCCUGUUUCUAGUUGACACCCAACACAGGUGCUACUAAAUGGAGAGGAGUGGCAGUGUUUUGUUAGUUUCUCACAAUAUUUCUGUUUCUCUCUUUAAACCCUCCAAAGAUGGCUCCCCCUAGUGGAUCGGCUGACAAAAGCACAAAGAGACUCAAUCAUUGUUUUAAAAGCGCCAAUUUUGACUUAAUUCAGAACAACAAAGUUAUUUUUCUUUCCCCUUUUCUGAGAGUUUGUUUUUUUGUGUUUGUGCUGUUUGACAUGAAAUAUUUCCUAUAAAUCAUUGAUUUCUUUUGAAAAAGAAAAAAAA